CAGAAAAUGGAGAGCCAAGGUACACAAGGCAAUGGACUAGAUCCAUGCGGGUUUGGAACCAACAGGAAAAGACGUUUUCAUGAGAUGGAAGCCGACAUUAAUCAGGAUACUGAGGGUUUUAGUGAAGAACCAACACAACAGGAUAUGAGAAAUCCUUUCGUACAAUAUUCUCACGAAUAUUCCGCGAGAAGAAAGAACAAUAAUUGAGAUGAGCAAAGCAAAUCUGAAGUAAUGUUUUGAGCAUGCUAAGUUCUCAAAUUGACUAAAAUUCAGUUGAAGUUAAAGAUGGCUAUAUUUCUAAAGCAAUUGCUUUAUUUCUAAAAUUUCCAAGUGAAUCAAGAUAUAGUCAACUGUUUCGACUUUCUCCAGUCUCAUUAUACCUGGGAACCCUUUCAAGACACCUUAACCUUAUAAUAUUUAGACAGUGAAGCUAAUCUCGCAUGAAGGGUUACCAGAGUACGAAGUUUGUCCUACAAGAAUGGACUGCAUCAUCCUUGAAGGAAAAGUCUUCCAUGGCAAAAAGUGUAUGUGUGAUGUGAUUUAGACCAUAUGCUGGAUUCGAUCAAA